AUGUUCGGCCACAAGAAGGACCACGAGGAGCUGACGACGGGAAAACACACGGGCAGCCUCGGCCACGAAAUGCUUGCCGGCGCCGCCGCCUACGAGGCGUCCAAGGCCUACGAGAACCACUGCAAGUCUAAGGGGAAGCCCGCUAACCAUGCCAAGGCGGUAGAGAUGGCAUCCGCCGUCGCCGGCGGCUUCAUCGACAAGAUAGCCGAGACCAAGGGUAUGGACGCUAUGGAUAAGGAGAAGGCCAAGCAUUCCGCUUCGCAACACGUUUCCCAGAACCUCCAGAAGGACUUCUAA